AUGUCAGUGUGCUACGGGCCAGCAGGCAUCCCAGAGCCGUGUACAGGGUGGCAGAUCUACGACUCGUACACCACCGACCCAGUCUACCAGCGCCGCUUCACGAUUGCCUGGACGUGCACGUUCGCCCUUGCAUUCCUUGUUGUCGCCCCAUUCCUCGCCAGGGUCGUUGCGACGAACGAGUGGUACCGCAGUCUAGGAGGAUGGGCGGGACUCUUCGGCGUUCACGAGGGGAGUCAGGGAGGCUAUGAGCGACUCGAGGGCGAAGGAGGAUCGACAAGGCGACAGAGCAACCUUGUACUGCCCCGGAGCGUCCGCCGCUUCACCGUCGCCAUCUCCUCCCUAGUCUCUUCCGCCUCACGCUUCACCGUUCCCCUUCCCGCCCUCUUCAACCGUCUUCCCACGAUCCCCGGCACCGGAGCAUCCUACACGCCUUCCUGCUACCCCACGCGACCAUAUCUCCCGUUCAGCCUCGGCAAACUCUUCAGCGUCCUCCUCAUCCCCGCCUUCAUCCUGGCAACCCUCCUCCCCGAAUCGCAACUCCGCGAGAACCCGAACCGGUUCGGCUUCCUCGCCGUCGCGUGUCUUCCGCCUCUCUUCAUACUCAGCGCGAAGAACGGACCGGUCAAGUGGUUGCUCGGACGAGGAUGGACGGCGGUCAACUUCUUGCAUCGUUGGAUCGGGCGGAUGAUCGUCUUGCUCGUUCUUUUGCAUUUCUACUUCUGGACCAUUCAGUACUCUGGCGCCGACCGCACCGAGUUCCUCGCCGGCGAGAAACAGCGCCGCGGCAUUGCAGCCCUCGCCUUCCUCCUCCUCAUCACUGUCUCCUCUCUCCCGCCGAUGCGCCGCUUCUCUUACCCCAUCUUCUUCACCCUCCACUACGUCGGCCUAAUCGGCUUCCUCGUCUUCCUCAACAAGCACACCGUCUACGCCUACCCUUGGGCGAGCUGGGUCGUCGCUGCUAUUUACGUGGCGGACUUGGCAGGGCGGAUGGCGAGCAUGCGGAUUCGGUUCGUCGAGGUUGAGCCGCUGGAUGGAGGGAUGGUCAAGCUGUCGAUGCCGGGUCUGCGAGGAGGCUGGCGCGGCGGACAACACCUCUCCAUCCGGCUAUUCUUCGUCCCGCCGGCUCUGCGACACGGACCGACUGUCGGCCGCCUCAGCCGCAUCUGGCAGGACACGACGCACGCCAUCCGCUCCGCUGUCCGGCCUUUCGAAGCUCACCCGUUCAGCAUUUCCACCGCACCGCCUCACCUUGCCGCCAACUCCCUCGCCGCCGCUUCGACAGACCGCGGGAUCGAGCUCUACGCCCGCUCGUGCGGCAAGCGGACCUGGACGGACGACUUGUUCCGUUUCGCCGUGUCGUCGCGCUCGACCUCCGCCGACCCGACUCGUCGUUCGCCGGUCUACCUCCCCUGCCUCAUCGAAGGACCGUACGGCGGCCUGCCGACGUACUCCUCCCCUGCUCUCCUCGAAGACACCGAGUCCGUCCUCCUCGUCGCAGGCGGAAGCGGGAUGUCGUUCGUCCUCGGCGUUUUGGACGAACUCGUCGGCCGUCGCUUGCAAGCGAAGAAGGGCGGGAGGGUCGAUGUCGUUUGGGUUGUGAGGCAGCGCGCGCAUCUUGCGUGGUUUGCGGAGCGGUUGAGUGAGGUUUGCGAUGCGGCGAAGGAGGGAAAGAUUGGGUUGAGGGUCGUGUUGAAGGUGUUUGUGACGUGCGACGAGACUCUCACCGCGACAGUCCCGACCUCCGACUCGCCCUCCCCGACUCCUCCCCUCCCUCCUCCCGCUUCGUCAUCACCUUUGCCCCUCCCCGCCGCAACAAUCGCCUACAUCCGUCCGUCGCUCUCUUCCCUCGUCACCGAAACGAUCGACCGCGCCCUCGCACCCUGCGGCCACUGUUUCCCCGUCUGUCGAUGCGGAGAACUCGCUGCUGCACGGGGAGAAGGAGCCGGAGGGAUGUGCGCGAAUGAUGAGGAGGAAUGUGUGGGCGGGUGUGGGGGAGUUGGGAAUGCGAGGGAGUUGGUUGUCGGAGACGAGGAGAAGGACGUUGCGGAGAAGGGCGAGAAGGAGGAGGAGACGGUUGACGCGCCGAAGAGCUGUUGCUCGAAACGCAAGGAGCCCGUCCUCGCCACCGCCGACGCAGACGAGAUUCUCGAACUCCCCUCCCUCGCCGUCUCCACCGCCAACCGACCCACCUCUUCUCCCUCCUGCUGCGCUCCCUCCUCCUCACGUCCCUCUCAGCCCUCUGCCUCCUCAUGCGGUGGAUGCUGCUCGCGCACGACAGGCGGAGGGUGCUGUACCGGUACGCUCGAGGGGUCGAAGGACGCGGACGAAGACGAGAAGGAUCGCGCUGCGGGACGGCCAUUGAGGAUCCGGACGGGCGGGCUGGGGGUGAUUGUUUGUGGUCCGGGGCAUAUGGUGGCUGAGCUGCAGAACGCGGUCGCGACGAUUCCGCUCGCCAAGCAGGUUCGGAUCGGGGGUGUCGAGAUGCAUGUCGAGCAGUAUAGCGUGUAG